AUGUUGAGAGGGAGAAUUGGUAAAUGGACUUUGGCCUUGUCAGAAUUUCCCUUCAGAUAUGUUCCUCAGAAGUCCAUCAAGGGACAAGCUGUUGCAGAUUUCUUGGCAGAUCAUCCAGGAGAAGAAAUUGAGAAUAUGGAUUCCAUGGACAUAGCCAAUGCAGAUCUAUUGACCAGAGCUCACACCUGUCUCAAUAAUCCCAUUUAUUCAGUCCAUCUCACCCUUGGAAGAUCCACUAGGAAUCAAACAUUGUUAUCAUUCCAGCUAGAUUUCCAGUGCACCAACAACAAGACAGAGUACGAAACCAUAAUCAUCGGGCUAGAAAUGCUGGUGGAACUAGGAAUCCAUGCUUGUAUUAAACAAAUUGCUGGAGAAUACAAAUGCUUGAGCUCCUCUCUAGCUGUCUAUCUAGUGGCAGCUAGAAAUCUCUUAGCAGAAUUCAGGGAAGCCACUUGGGAAUAUAUUCCAAGAGAAGAAAACUUUGCAGCAAAUUAG